GAGAGUGAGAGCAGGGAUUUGGGAGGAAUUUAACAGGAGAGAUUCGAAAAGAAAUGUGGAUGUGAAGCCGGAACAGACACCGAAGGGUUACAACAUCUCACAGGAGUAGAGAUGGAGGUACACAAGGAGGAAAGUGGUCCCGGGAAAAACCCUGUGGCUCCGUGUCACAUUGGAAUGUUAACUUUAUUCAUCUGCAGGUGGAAUACUGUUGGAGCCCUCCCAUCAAAUAGUUUAACAUUUAAGGAAUUGCAAGAGAAAGAUUCACACUUGGCAGCCCCCUUCAUCACAAGCUAACUACUGCCACCUAUUGUCAGGAGGGAGAAACACAUGCAAUAAAAGCAGACUGUAAUUCCUGUUAGCAGAUGUUCACCUUGUUGCUCUGUGCAUUGGGUGAUGUUUAUACAAACUUUAAUUAAGAGACCACGCUAAUCUCCGGUACCACUGGAGCUGCAGGCUGUUUGUAAGGAAGUGCAGCGCCUGCCUGCAGGUUAUCGGACGCUCUGAGCUGAUAAUGCGCGUGCUGGGCCAGGUAUACCACCUGGGCUGCUUCAGCUGCUGCGAGUGCGAACGGCGGCUGCAGAGAGGUGAUGAGUUUGUGCUGAAAGAAGGCCAGCUGCUCUGUCGCAUGGACUAUGAGAAGGAGAGGGAAAUGCUGGCUGCCAUCAGUCCCACCCCAACUGAAUCAGUGAAGAGUGAGGAUGAGGAUGGUGGAGGAGGAUCUGGCGGGGGAAAGGGCGGCGAUGAGGGCAAGGAGCACAAACGUUCAAAACGACCCCGGACCAUCUUGACCACACAGCAGCGUCGCGCUUUCAAAGCCUCCUUUGAGGUGUCUGCUAAGCCUUGUCGCAAGGUGAGGGAGACACUUGCUGCUGAGACAGGCCUGACAGUACGUGUGGUACAGGUGUGGUUUCAAAACCAGCGGGCCAAGAUGAAGAAGAUAGCUCGCCGACAGCAGCAGCAACAGCAACAGCAGCAGGAACAAGAGCAGCUGAGUGGAUCCAGGAGAGGGUCAAGCAGAGGGGGGCGUCAGAGCAACGACGACAGCGAAGAUGGCUCUAGUACCCACGGGAUGGACGGGAUCCUGGGGUAUCCCUCUCUGCCGCGACAACAGCUGCUCACUCUGGAUCCCAACAUCUAUGGCGGGGAGCCGUUUCGACACGGGCUCACACCGCCUCAGCUCAACAACGAGCAGAUCCACUACGAUUCAGAGACGGUGUUCCACGACCUCGACAGCGACGGAAGCCUCGGCCACCUUGGCGACUGCCUCUUGGCAACAGCAGAGGGUGCUCUCCUGCAGGGGCGAGUGGGAAACCCCAUCGACCGCCUUUAUUCCAUGCAGAACUCAUACUUCACCUCCUGACCCCUAUAAAUACUCACCCUGUACCCCUCCUUGUCCACCCUUCACCUCUCAGAGAUGCAGCUAAUGGAGUCUGUCCAUCAACACGCCUGAGGGACCACUCCCCUUCAAACAGCCUACAGCUGACCACACACUUCUCUAAGCUUGUAUCACUGGAAAAAAACCUUCAAACGGGGGCCGUAUUCAUAUCUCAAUUUGUGGCCAAUUAGCAUAAUGUUCCCAUCAUCUUUCCGAGAUAAGAAUCACAUGCUGGAAACCCUGUAAACAGUCAAGAUAUGUAAAUGAACAUCACUUUAGUGGCACUUUUCCAGUGAAGACAACAAAAUAUAUAAAUGUAUACACUGUGGCAUCAAACUUUAGAUAAUUCAUGUUAGAAUGCAUCAAUCAAUCACUUUACCUUUAUGACACUAGACUGGUCUUAUGAGCAGCUGAGGGUCAAAAUUAAACAAGUACAUGCAGAAUACUGCAAAUAGGAGCAGUAUUUACUUAUGUGCGUGAAAGACUGAAGCAUACAGUACUGUAUAUGGAUUGGAGUACGACUUAUCUCAGGUUAGUAUGUAUGUGUACAGGAUGUAGCCUGAGCAAUAACUCAGUAUAUCAUGCUGGAUAGGAUUCCCGUUUACUGAACCAGUGACUUCAACAAAGCAGGCCUUCAAAGAGAUCUUUUUAGGAAACUAC